GGCGCUAAGGGGAUCAAUUUAGCACUAUUCUCCCGGGAGAAGCACUGCUCUCCAUCACAGUAGGUGGCGGUAUGCACCUUCAAAGUUGGUUCGCAACCCGCUAUAAAACCAAAAGAAGAAGAAGGAGCAGCACUGCUUUGAAAGUGAAACGCGUGCUUAUAACAGCCGAGGAAAAUGAGCGGUGAACAGGUGGUUCGCAUAAUGAUGGAGCGGCUUCAAUCUCGACUUCAGCACAUUUUCAGUCGGCAACCUCUGGACCUAGACUAUUUACAGUUCAUAUGCACACAGGAGAUGGUGUUGUUCAGUGCAUUUUCUGAUCAGAUUUCCCUUCCUCAGAGUAUUGUGGAUGGUCUUGCAGAACUGUACAGAUUAGUUACUGAGGAAAAAUCAAAUCAAGGCAUGGAAGUGUCAAUUCAAGUCACUCAUGGAGCAGCUGGACGUCCACGCUUUGAUGUGUCGCAAGAUUACCUGCUGCAUCUACUCCAUCAAGGUCUCCCUGUGUCAUGCAUUGCCAGUGUUCUUGGAGUGUCUAGGCGGACCGUGUACAGACGAAUGGCAGAUUUAAACAUCACUGUUAGAGGUCUAUACAGCACUUUAUCAGACUCAGAACUUGAUAACCUUGUUGGUGAAAUCAAAGAAAGCAUGCCACAUGCAGGUUAUCGGCUUGUUAAGGGGAGUUUGCAAGCCAGAGGACAUCGGGUUCAGUGGGAGAGAGUUAAGGCCUCAAUGCAUCGUGUUGACACCAUGGGUAUACUUUCCCGUUUGAACAUGCUAGGGUGUGUAGUGCGGCGCAAAUACUCCGUUCCUGGACCAAAAGCACUUGUACACAUUGAUACGAACCACAAACUGAUCCGGUACAAUAUAGUCAUCUUUGGUGGCAUUGACGGAUUUUCCAGAAAGAUCAUGUACCUAGGCGCCGCAAAUAACAAUCUGUCAUCUACAGCCUUGGCCUUCUUCCAGCAGUCCAUUGAACGUUAUGGAUUUCCACUGAGGUAUUUUCAUAAACAACUAAAACAAUAUUUGCAGCAACAUCUAAAUACAGGACCAAAAGUAAUGGGACAGUUGACUUAA